GACGGGAAGUCUAUACGUUGGUGAUUUCUCUCGACUACCAGCAUUUAUUUAACAUCAAUUGACUUCGAUCCGCGGCCUGUCGACUACAGUUGUUCUCCCCUCCCCGAGCCGUCCUUCGACAUCCCGAGGUCGAGAUGUUCAGAGAAAUCCGCCCGGCCCGAUAUGGUCACUAAGCGGCUCUCGUCAUGUCAGCGCCCUCUCCUGUCCCCUCGAAAGCCGCGAUCCGCGCCCUCCGAGGUCUCCUAUUUGGAACAUCCUGUUCCAUCGUUUUACUAGCCGAAGAGAGACGUCGACGAAUCAGUAUUGCGCGGUCCGCUGUCGAGAAUGGGAGAAAGCUGAAAUCCCUGCGGCGCUACAGCUCUGCUGGCGCUGCUACCCUCGAGGCUCUUCGAGAAGAAGCGGCAACAGAUCCAACGUUCGGGAACUGGUCCCUCUCAACAUCUAGCUAUACUAUCUCUCCCGAAUCCGAAGCGCUUCGUCGUAGUGACUCGAAUUGGAAUGACGAAGACGUUCUCGAUCUUGGUCCCGACCCCCGACAACCGAGGCUGUCCGUCAGGAGAAAAGGCGUGCGCUCAGGCUCGACACGCAAACACCCGAAUGAGCGCGAUGCAGAAACAACACCGUCCAACUCACAGACCUCCGAUUCGCCCCAUACAUAUGCAGUUCGGUCCUCGGAUCAAAGGACAGAAGCUCACUUCACUCUCACACAACACAGCCUGCCGAGGACCAAGAUAUUCGUGGACGCCUCACAGAGUGGUGCGAAUGCGUCUCAACUUUCGAUAAAGGCUGCGCUAGACGAAUUCUGGGCAUCAAAUCGCGAUAAGAUGCGUGUCGACUCUACUCUCCGACAACUCCAGAUUCACCCGGAUGUCGUGCAGCCGGAUCGUUCCGCCCCGUCUGCGGCCUUGCAGCUCUUGCGCCGCGCCUAUGACGACGUGUCGCAUGCAGAGGAUGUCCCAACCUGGUACUUGGAGCUCUCCCGGCUUCUGUGCCUUGCAUGUCAACAUGAGGGCGACUACGACGUCGCUGGGAGGAUUCUGGACAUCUUGGUCAGGCAUGGACCCCUCCGCCUAGAGGACUAUACCGCCCACCGGCCGUUUAAGAUCAUGCGGUCCCUGAUGUUUCGGCCGGUCCGUGACGCCAACGAAUCCAAAGACCAGAUCGACCUUGUGGCACGACUGUUCCUUGCCGAUAUACCGGAUGACCAGGAUUCCCGGACAGCAUAUGCCGCGCUCGCCAGGAAGGUGGUGACAAAAUAUGUCGUGCUGGGUCAUUUCGACGCUGCGAGCGAAUUCUUCGAGCUGUCCCAAAGAAUAUGCCAGUUCAAGACCGAGACGGUGAUUUGGUUCAUCGAUCACCUACAACGGAGCGGUCAUCAUGUCGAGGCCAUCGAUGCCUUCGUCCGCUCGUUUCAUAACUCUUCCGACCUUUCGGAUCGUCCGGAUCUUGAAUACGACAGCAUACUGCACUCGGUGAUCAGCACAAACGGGUAUCGGGCGCUUGAAAUAUUCCAAUCCAUGCAUUGGCUACAGGGCGACCGAGCAUUCCACGCAAAAAGCGCGGCCCUCAUCCAAAUCAUCCAAAUCAUCCAGCGGUGCUGGGAAAGUUCUAAGAACUACGAGCGAACCAACUGCCUCUUCGAGGAGCUGGAGGCCAAUGAUUUCUACGGAUUUCAGAACACUUAUGAUAUACAAUCUUUGAUGAUUCGGAUCGACUUGGAAGCGGGGAAAAUGACAGUGGCGCAGUCCAGAUUUUUCCAGCUUUGUGCCGCGUAUCCCCAGGGUAAAGCGGACAUUGAGCUCAGAUGUGCUUUCUCUCUCCCGUAUGCCGCAGUGGGGGAUUGGCGGAGAGUACGAGCUGUCUUUGAGAGUGCGCGAAAUAUGGCGCCGUUCGACCCCGUCCAGCAAGAGCAGUACGAUGCAGCAUUCUCUCGAGUGCUUCAAAUGUUUAGGAAGAAUCACACGUGGGGCGAGACGGAAGAGUUCGUGGAAGAUUUCAUCGGCAAUCUCGGGGUCACGCUCGACCGCUCGCUCGUCCGGUCCAUCGCCGACCGGCACGGGCGGUGCCGGGAGACUCGGGCACUGGCUCAGUGGUUCGGGUUCUGCAAGGAGGCGGGAUUCGUACCGGAUGCCUCGUUUUGGGCAGACUUCCUGCGGACUUGCCGGAGACAGUGGGGCUACGGAGACUCUCAGAUCAUAUCUCUUUACAGGGAGCUCAAAGCGUUCGAUGUCGAGACGGAUUUCCCCGAGGCCGAAAAGCUGGUCAAGAAACUAGUGGGGAAGAAUUACAAGGCACCGCGGCUGUUCCGAGUCCGCAUGGCGUCGAGGCUAAAGCCGUCGGACGAGCCGACCGCUUUCGGGCGGAUGCAACUAGAGGCACAGAAGGGCCAGUGGAGGAGUGUGCUCAGCUCGUACAAGAGAGCGGUGCAUAACGGCAUGGGAUAUUCGGCCCGGUGUCUCUGCCUCGCCGUCAAAGCCAGCAUCCACCUCGACGAGGGCUCGAGCGGAAUGGCCAUGUCGCUCAUCCAGAAGGCGCAGAUCGAGGGCCACGACGUCAGCGGGGCCGUGGUGCCCCUGAUCUUAGCGGACUUGGAGCGGGUCGAGAUGGAAGAGAGGGAAGCGGCGGAUCUGGAAGAGACGCGAGGGCGCCCCUACCCGGCCAUCCUGCGCAUCUUCGAGGACUUGCGGAAGGACGGGCUGCGCAUCGAGGACGCCGUGUUCCACAAGGCGGCACAAGUGUGCCUGGCGCUGCGCAACUACCGCGAGGCCAUCUCGAUCUGCGUGUUCGCUGCGGAACAGAACGGGUUCCGGGACUUGUGCUACAACGUAUACAACUUCUCGAACCUCUGUCAGGCGUUCACGAUACGGCACGACUACGAGCAGCUCCGGUGGAUGUUGGAUCAGCUCGGGAAACAGGAGUACAGGACGUGGAAGCGGUGUCGGACGAGCCUCAAGUGGAUGGUGCAUUACCUGACCAAAGCGUCCCAGGCUGAAAAGGCGGAGUAUCUCAGAGAAUCGGACCUAUCCAUGCUGGCGUGCGUACAGGAGGCGCUGAGGAGAGUGUCAGAGGAGAAGGCCAGCUGGGCGAUCGAAAGAGACCAGCUGUUGCUUGGUGAUUCUCAUCCGACGAAGGAUGAAAUAUGUAUUUGAUGGAUCCUGUAAGAUGAAUACCACGGUGGCCACGUAAUGUUGGCCAAGGCUCUGUUUGUUACUGUCUUGGGAAAUGGGGAGUAAAUUACAUGGAGUGAAGUUGUCGCCGGAGACACUUGACAAUGUGGAUAUCCAUACCAUAUGUAAUUACAUGUCAGCACGCA